GGCCGUCUAAUUGCGGGCUCACUUUAAGUGAGAGUGUCGGAUUCAGUUCGAGUUCGAGCUCAUGAUUCGCAAAGAACACUUGAAAAUCUGGCCGAUUCUACUCCCUGUACACCACAAACCAAGGCCUUAACAUCUUAGUGAAGUCUUCAAUACAUAGGUCCUUCCUAAAUAUGUCCUUGCCCAUACAGGACGAGGCGAUGGAUGUCUCAAUGAGUGAUAGCAAACUUCAGGAGACUGAAAGUAAACCACUAUGGAGAAGUUCUGAAAUGGAGGACCUGAGCAUGUUUGCCAUGCCUCUGAUGGACCACAGCGGAAUGGACAAGGGUGACAAUGGCCUCCCUCAGGACAAACGCAGUAGCCAUGAGUGGGUGCAGGAAUGGCAGAGCAAGUCAAUAGAUGGUGAUCAGGGGGAAGUAUUCACCUCUCGACCCAGAAGCUCUUCUCAAGGUUCUGGGGGCCCACCAUCUCCUAGCGGUAGCAUGGCAAGAAGUAAUUCAGCGCCUACAAAUUCUGGUUAUGACAGUCCAGAUGUUGAGAGAAUGGAGGAUGAAAGCUAUAGAUCUCCAGAGCUCUUACUAAAUCAUGUCAGACAGACAAUAGGGGAGUCUACAAUGGCAGAUGGAACCAUGGGUACAAAAAGAGACCAAAUGUUUAGCAAUGAUGAUGAGGAUUUAACCUUUGAUAUUGAUAUUGAGGAGUCUAUGAUGGGUGAAAACUGGUGUUAUUCUAAUUUCCUUAAGUCACGAAUGUGCCAUGAACUUAUGCCAAAAAGCUCAAAAAUAGUUGUGUUUGACACCAAGCUAAACGUAAAGAAAGCAUUCUUUGCUCUGUUAGCUAAUGGAGUGCGGUCUGCCCCAGUCUUUGAUAGUUCUAGACAAGACUUUGUUGGGAUGCUCACUAUAACAGAUUUUAUUAAUAUUUUGAAGUGCUACUACAAAUCUCCGCUGAGUGGCACAUCUGCGCAGGUUCAGAUGGAUGAGCUAGAGGAACACAAGAUUGAAACAUGGAGAAGAUUACAGUCACUAAAAUCAGAUUCCAGCUUGGUUCGGAUAUCUCCAACACAGAGUUUAUAUGAGGCAGUACGGAUGUUACUGGAGUUCAAGAUCCACCGUCUGCCGGUCAUAGAUCCAUCAACUGGCAAUGCACUGUACAUAAUAACACACAAGAGAAUACUCAAGUUCCUAUUUGCUUAUAUGCAAGAAUUAAAGAUGCCUGAUUUUAUGUACAAAACACUUGAGGAUCUCGGAAUAGGGACAUACAAAUGUGUUGCUACUGUCUCCCCUAGUACUCCACUUAUCCGUGUGCUUCAUAUGUUCUCUGAGAAGCGUGUAUCAGCCCUGCCUGUAGUGGAUGAUAAAGGUGUGGUGGUUGACAUUUACGCUAAAUUUGAUGUGAUCAAUCUGGCCGCUGAAAAAACAUACAACAACUUGGAUGUUACGGUGCAACAGGCGUUAGAGCAUAGGGCUGAAGGAUUUGAAGGGGUCCAUAGGUGCUACCUAGAAGAGACGCUUUUCCUAAUUGUUGAACGACUGAUAGAAGCCAGGGUGCAUCGGCUGGUGGUAGUAGACAAAGAAGAUCACUGCAUUGGAGUACUUUCUUUAUCUGAUAUUCUGCGCUUCCUAAUACUCAAGCCAUUAGCGUAGGGGAUUUGAUUCUAAAACCGUUCAAGGGAACCCGCUUCAAUACGAGAAUUAAACGACUCCAAGUAGUCCGAAACAUCUACUGUACGGUGUCAAUUAUCGUAAGGAACAUUAUCUGGUUAAAUGAUGUUUAUGGAAACCCUACGUUAAGGAAGAACAUGUUCCAUAAAACGAAACACAAGGGCUAAUGGGUUGUCAGAAACUAGUCACACCAAGAGUAUUCACGUGACACUGCGUUGUUGUCAAAUGCGUCGCAAAAGUGUUCUUGGGUUUAGCAUUCUUUGUAGAAUGCGCGAAGCAUGAAUUUCUUUUCCAAGCACUGCCCGGGGAAAGGCUAGAGAAAUAUUAUUAAGGGACUGGUAGUCAUCUUUUUUUUUGGAAAUCACGUAUAAAAUUCCACUGCACUCAAUUGAUGCAAGUUGUAGAUUUUAAAGGCCCAGUUUACCAUUUCCAUGUUGGAUUUUUACCCCAGCGAAAGCAAAAAAUAUCUGAAAAAGUCGUAAAAGGCAUUUCCACGUGGGCGUGGAUUUUUAGGACUUUUUGACGAAAACAAAAACAGUGCGAUGCAUGCUGAGUAGGUCAAGUUGGUCGGUCUUCGUCCCUUGUCAGUGACAAGAUUCAACAACGAUAACAAUUUUGACCAACUUAGCAUUACUAGUCUAGCGCUUAGAAACCAUAUAAUAGUCAUACAAGUGCUUGUAUUACCGUAAUUGUUCGAAUAAGCGCGCUUAUUAGGGCGCUUAUAUGGGGAGGUGCAUCUCGAGAUAAAAAGCGCUUUUUACAACGUGCCUGGAGUUACAAAAACAAUUCUCGCAACAAUAACCAGAAAGUUUUCAAUGAUAAAAAUAUUGUGCUAGUUCUGUCAGUUUUCGUAUUUUUUUUCCCUAACGCACAGUCUUUAUUGUGAAACACGUUUAAUAGAGGCGCUUAUCGGCAUUUUUCCUCUUCAGGGGCGUGUCUAGAAAAAAACUCAGGAUGGGGCUCAGAGUAGUAAUUCACUGAUUCACGGAUCAAUCUUGUUCAAAUCGGUAUCCCUAGUUCUGGUAUUAGGUCACUAGAUCCCGUCUGGAAUCUUUUCUUUUAAUACAUGAAACUAACCGUCUUCUUAACUACUAACGAAGGGGUCAAACGGAGUCGAACUCGUCUCUUCACAUAAGCGUUUAUUCCAGGAACGCGCUUAUUCGAGCUUUUACGGUAUUACCGAUGCUUGUAUUACUGCUAUACAAAUGCUUGAAUUAUUGUUUGGUCUAGAGACAUAGUUUAAUGUACUGGUAGGGGCGGAUCCAGGAUUUUUCCUGGGGGGGGGAGGACAACAGGGAAGAACGAGGUGACUCUUUUUACCUUUUUUCUCACCAAUCUCUCAUUGGUGGGGUUGCACCCUCCACACCCCCUCCCCUAGUUCCGCUAAUGUGGUUUUUUUAAAGGCUAUGUAUCUAGGUGAUCGAUUUAAGGACUUUGGAUCCGUUGUGUGUCGAAUCUUUAAGUGCCGCAAAAAAUCGUUGCUAAUAAGAUUUUUUAUAUUUCAGUGGCGACCAUACCCACCAGACAGAAUCUAUAACAUUCUAUCCAUUCUACAAUUUAAAAAAAACAUCUACGGAUAUUAAUAUUUUCAAAAUGAUAGGAUAUUUCAAUAUUCAUUAUAAAACCAAAAUAACAGUGUAACACAGUUGGAUCCAGAGUCCCUAAUUACAAAAGAUGACGCUCUGCAAUAGGGUGUUUUCCAGAUAAUGAUAUUUGAGCGCGAAAUUGCCGAGUUUGAUUACAGUCGUGUGACAUUUUUUUAUAUUCUCUUUUCGUUUUAUGAUGAAGCUUUAGACUAAACAUCUGGCUUAAAAGGGAUGAAAAUGUUGUGGUUUGGUAAAAAUAAGCUGAAAAUAUUUGCACAAAGGCUGUAAACAAACUCUGAUCUAUCAAAAUCUCGGUGAAGAACGGCCCAUUUGACAGUAAGGGAAGCAUCACGAGUGCCUAGCACUAUGUCAUGGUACGAUGGAAAUGGUUGACGACGACUAUUUUACAGAUCACUUUUGUGAAAAGAAAGUUCUUUUAGACAAGUUUCUAUCAAUUAAAAUGUUAAUGUAAAAACCGAAA